AUGCCAGCACCAAAGAUUCCCGAGGACCUCACGAGUGGCUGCACCCUUUUCGGUUGCGUCGACUCUGGCGCGGCGUGUGUAGGCGAUGAUGACGUUACGGCCGAAAUGAUGGAGGCCUGUGGCAAGCCAUUCGAGAUAGGCGACGACAAUUGCAACAGCAACAACAAGGAAGAAUGCGGUGGUGUGGAGAGAGAGGGUUUGGUUGUGAAGCAAAAGCUUUCAGCGCGGUACGCGUUGCACGGGACUACAGGAGGACAGCAGACAGCCGGUAUCACGUCGCACAUCAUACACCUACUCUACUUUCUCUCAGCAGUAUGUGCACACGUUUACAUCCCCUCGAACCAGACGGGGCCGCUGCCCACCGUGGCCAUCGCCCAUGAGGUUGGUACAAUGACUGAGGUGAACGUAUCAGCCACCGCCCACGACACGCGCCCGGGUAGUAGCAGCGGCAACGUCGGAUGCGGAGAGGUCGGUGGCGACGACUGUGUGACCUUCAAGGCUCAUGACGAUAUCAUCUCCGAUACCGAGUCGAGGCGGUCGUGCGCCACGAUGCUCGUCCCCGAUGAAGGCCUGUGCCAGAUCGAGUACUCCUUUGCCGAUCGCCAGGACAUCGUGAACAUCCAGGUUGCCUUCUGGGAGGGAAAGGAGCGCACCCGUGCCCUGGACGUUUUCGAGCCUCGAAGCGGGGUAUCGUGUCGACAUUCCCAGCACGUUCACUUCUCAUGUGGAGGCAAGAACCGAGCUCUGCAGAGAUGGAUUGAUGCGAGGAAACUCGCCGCUCGGAAAAUACGGAAGAAAGCACACCCGCAACGCGAGGCUGACCGAGAGAGACACAAGACCGCAGCGGCCGUCAAGGCGGCUGCGAAGAAGAAGGCACGAGAGGGCGACCUAUCGUUCGGCACGUUCAAUGUACGCACGCUCGCCUACAGCGACCGCCCCCUGUCCUAUGCCCAGGCCCUCAUCCAGGUAGGCUGCGAGGAAACCAUCGAGCCCACCGUGCGCAAACGGAGACUGUGUCUCGCGGGCUUUGUCAUGAGCAUGGAGGACAACCGCCUCCCCAAGGGCAUGCUGUUAGGAGCAAUGGCGGGGGGCGGNUCGGAGGUGUGGUACAACAAGGUCGAGGACGGGGCGGCAUGGCUCAUGAGGAAAUGGCACAGGCAGGAGGCGGAAGCGUCCGCGAAGCACCAGCGCGCGAGGGAAGCAGAAGCAAAGAGUACGGCCAUCUCAGGACCAAAGAGAACGAGAGUCGGGGAAGCGGCGAUGGGAGGGAAGAAAAGGCGACCGGGCACUGCUGUUUACAUUGACGGCGAGCUGACCCGCACGCACGAGACCUACGCCGACUCCACCUUCAAUACGCUCGGUGUGACAGCCACUGAGGCCAGCACUGUGAUGCUCGAGUCCGUCGACCUCCUCUCAGACGAAUGGAUGAGCCUUCUCGAGGCAAACUGCCACAUCGGGAUGAGCUCUGCUGGAGACGAAGAGCGCGCUGCUGCGAGCGGAGAACAGAUCCGCCCGCCAGUGCAGGAGGGCCGCGACGCGGAGCUUGCAAGUUUGCAACGGCAGAUUUCGCAAUUGGCGGCCCUGGUGGAGGAGUCGGUGAAGAAGAAGGAGCCUGGUAGCGUCGUGGCGGAUGCAGUCAGUAGUGGCGGCUGGGUUGCCGCCACUGGAGGCCAAGAUCAGCCCCUGCUGCCGCACGGCGGAGGCGGGGGAUUUCUCCAGCAGCAAGCGAGAGAUAGUGGGCAAGGACCACGGCAGCUGCUGGAAGGCGGCUGGGCCAGCAGAUCGGGAGCGAACCCUG